AGACCGACACGACAGAGCUCAACAUAUACAAGAAGCCUCCGAUCUACAAGCAGAGAGAGCACCAUCCCGGCACCCACCACGGGAAGCAUCUCAUAGAGGACUUGAUCAUCGAAUCCUCCAAGUUUCCGGCAGCGCAGCCCCCAGACCCCAACCAGCCCGCCAAGAUUGAGACCGACUACUGGCCGUGCCCCCCAUCCCUGGCCGUCGUGGAGACGGAGUGGAGGAGACGGAUGGCCUCCAAGAGAGGGGAGGAGGAGGAGGAGGACCUGACGGAGGAGAUGAAGAACCUGCGGGAGCUCCAGAGGCAGGAGCUGAGCAAGGUCACCUCCAACCUCGGAAAGCUGAUCCUGAAGGAGGAGAUGGAGAAAUCUCUGCCCAUCCGGAGAAAAACCCGCUCGCUGCCGGACCGGACACCCUUCCACACAU